AUGGCUGCCCUGAUGAUGACAGGCUUGCUUUAUCUAAUGUUAGGAUCAAGAAUGCUCUUGGGUGAAUGGAAUAGUGCAAUAGGAUUCACAUCUGUUUUACUUCAAAUUAAAUAGUAGUCUGUGCAACCUCACAACCUUUUUUAUGAGUUUGAUGUGCCUAUAUCGGUUUUGCUAUGCACUUGCUGAUAAGUUUUGGAAGAAAUUAUUCUACUAAUAAGGCAGACAUGCACUCGACCAGCAUACUCAGCAGAAAGUUAACCAGAAACCAAGGGAUAUCAUGUUUAUCUGGCAUUUCCUUCUCUUUUGAUGCACCUAGUGUGCUUAUCAUAUCAUUAGCAUGAUAAAGACUUUUACAGCUCUUUCUUUUCUUAGAGAAGAUGUUGGAAUGGAAGGGCGCUUUACAGCUGACAGUGAUCUGAAAAAUGGCCCCCUUAUAGUUAAGUGUCUUAAGUUCAAGACAGACCAGGCACAGGAUGUUAAGAAGAUGGAGAAGCUGAACAACCUAUUCUUUACUUUGAUGUCCAGGGGCCCCGAUGCGGAUGUUUCAGAAGUUACAGGGAAAGAGCAGACAGAAGCACGGGCAGGGAAGAAAGGGAGGGGAAGGAAACAAUAACCUAGCUAGCCAUUGCUAAACAAAGAGGACUUGGACAUAUUUUACACAACUUGUCGGGAAUCAAACGAGUUUUUAGAGUUCUGUGCCUUUAGUCAUACAUUGGAAAACUGGGAAAAUUGAUGUUCGCUCCGAUGAUCCCAUUUAUUCUGGCAAUGAUUUUUCCUAAAAUUCAGGUCUUUUGAUAUUUCGCUAUUGCUGUUUAUGGUGCCUUUGUUUUUACCCUUUUCCAAUUGACAUUUGUUUGAUUCUUGUA